GCUUUGCUAUUGAAUGGCCAAAGGGAACAGGGAGGGCUGCAGAUAUGCAGCCUCGGGUAAAAGCCUCGCAGUCGCAGCCAUUUCCCAGGAAGGGUUACUUACAAUUGGAGGUGACCCAAGAGAAGGAGGAGAUGGAAGAGAAGGACUCAGAACGACCUGGAACUGGCAAGAGAUUAAGGAAGGGUCCCCAUCCCAUCCAGGCAGGGAGCUGUGCUGAAUUCUGGGAAAGAACUGUGCCAGAGAUCCUGGCUCAGGACACUAUGACCACAACUGUACUCAGCCAAUGUUUUUGGCAGUUCCGUUACAAUGAGGCCGAUGGGCCCAGAGAAGUUUGCAGCCAGCUCCAUGGACUUUGCAACCACUGGCUGAAGCCAGAGAGGCACACCAAGAAGCAGAUCCUGGACCUGGUGAUCCUGGAGCAGUUCCUGGCCAUCCUGCCCCAGGAAAUGCAGAGCUGGGUCAGAGGAUGCGGGCCGGAGACCAGUUCCCAGGCAGUGGCCCUGGCUGAAGGUUUCCUCCUGAGUCAGGCUGUGGAGAAGAGGCAGGCAGAGCAGAUGUGGGAACCAUCUGAGGAGAAAAGUUCGUUUUCUGAGGAAUUGAAGAGGCCUCAGGCCCAGGAGUUUGCUGAAGAUGCCCUCUCUGGUGGCAGUGGACAGGUGGUGUUCAGCUGUCAUCUUGGCAGAGGUGUGGAAACGGCUGCAGUCCAGCAUCCCUUUUCCUUUGAGGAAGUGGCUGUGUAUUUCACUGAAGCAGAAUGGGCACUCCUGGAUCCAGGCCAAAGGGCUCUCUACAGGGAAGUCAUGCUGGAGAACUACAGGAAUGUGGCCUCUCUGGAAGGUGAUCAGGGGAAAGAGGAUGAAGAAACAUAUUGUCUUUCACCAGAUGAAAUCAAGAAUGAAGACCUGAGAGGAAACUUCAGGGGUCAAGGCAGACCCAAGAGGCAGAAAGGAAGCCAUAUAGCUGAGAAGAGGGAUCAACCCAUUCCAUGUCAAGAGAGGAAUUUCUGUCAAGUAAUUUACAUGAUGGAAGAAACUCAUGCAGGAGAGAAACGUUAUAGCUGCUCAAAUUGUGGUGAGAGUUUCUCAAAGGAAUCAGGCCUUAUUAAACACCAAAGCAUUCAUUCAGGAGAGAAGCCAUCGAUCAGUUCAGAGAAUGGAAUGAUAUCAUCUGAUGGAAGACAGGGAAGUCUCCAUUUCCCAAGGAACAUUCUAAUGAAGGCAUGUAAAUGCUUUCAUUGUGGAAGGUGCUUUAAAUACAGAUCACAGCUCCUUGUGCACCAAAGAAUGCACACAGGGGAAAAACCUUUUGAAUGUUUGGAAUGUGGAAAGAGAUUCAGUGGGGCUGUCCGUCUUAAACAACAUCAAAGAACCCACAGAGGUGAGAAACCUUUUAACUGCUCAGAGUGUGGGAAGACAUUCACACAGAGUGGCAAACUUCAACAGCAUCAACGAAUCCACACAGGGGAGAAACCUUUUGAGUGCGCAGAGUGUGGAAAGAGAUUCAGUCAGAGUAACAAUCUUCUCCAGCAUCAAAGAACUCACACAGUGGAGAAACCUUUUGAGUGCUCAGAUUGUGGAAGGAGAUUCAAUCACAGAUGUAAUCUUCAACAGCACUUAAGAACCCACACAGGAGAAAAACCUUUUGGAUGUUCAGACUGUGAGAAGAGAUUCAGUCACCGUCGUAGUCUUACAAAUCACCUAAGAACCCACACAGGAGAGAAACCUUUUGAGUGUUCAGAGUGUGGGAAGAGAUUCAGUCAGAGUGGCAAUCUUCUACAGCAUCAAAGAACUCAUACAGGGGAGAAACCUUUUGAAUGCUCGGAGUGUGGGAAAAAAUUCAAUCAGAGCAGCCAUCUUCAAGAACAUCAAAGAACCCACACUGGAGUGAAACCUUUUGAAUGUUCAGACUGUGGAAAGAGGUUUAGACAUAGACGUAGUCUUACAAAGCACCUAGAAAUCCACACAGGGGAGGAUAAACCUUUUGAAUGCUCAGAUUGUGGAAAGAGAUUCAGUCAUAAACAUAGUUUUACAAAGCAUCUAAGAAUCCACACAGGGGAGAAACCUCUAGAAUGCCCUGAGUGCACAAAGCGAUUUUGUUACAGUGGUAAUUUUCAACGACAUCUUAGAACACACACAAAGGAGAAAUGGUUUGAAUACCCAGAGUGUGGGGAAAAAAUCUGUCAGAACAGCCAUCUGCAACAGCACCUAAGAAAUCACACAGGGGAGAAAACUUUUGAAUGCACAGAGUGUGGAAAGAGAUUCGGUCACAGACGUAGUCUUCAGCAGCACCUAAGAAUCCACACAGGAGAGAAACCUUUUGAAUGUUUGGAGUGUGGAAAGAGAUUCCGGUUGAGUGGCAGUCUUCAACAGCAUCUCAGAACCCACACAGGGGAGAAGCCUUUUGAAUGUUCAGAGUGUGGAAAGAGAUAUAGUCACAGACGUAGUCUCACAAAGCACCUAAGAAUCCACACAGGGGAGAAACCAUUUGAAUGUUCAGAGUGUGGGAAGAAAUUCAAUCAGAGCAGCCAUGUGCAACAGCAUCUAAGAACCCACACAGGGGAGAAACCUUUUGAAUGCUCAGAGUGUGGAAAGAGAUUCAAUCACAGAUGUAAUCUUCAACAGCAUCUUAGAACCCACACAGGGGAGAAACCUUUUGAAUGCUCCGAGUGUGGGAAAAGAUUCAGGUUGAGUAGCCAUCUUCAAAAGCAUUUAAGAACUCACACAGGGGAGAAGCCUUUUGAAUGCUCAGAGUGUGGAAAGAGAUUCAGUCGGAAUGACAAUCUUCAGUUGCAUCUAAGAAUCCACAGAAGUGAGAAAGUUUUGAAUGUUCAGUGUCUGGAAGUGUCUGCAGCAUCGCUUUUCAACAGGAUCUAAGAACCCACAGCAAGGAAAAACCAUUCAGAGGUGUUAUCUACAAAAGCAUCUAUCAGCAUUCAGGGAGAGUCCUUCUGAAUGCUCUGAAUGUGGAAAGAGAUUCAGUUAGUCUGCCCAUCAUCAAAACCAUCAAAGAACCCACACAAUGAGAAAGAGUGUUUUUCUUAUUUCACAUGAAAAAGACAACCACAGAUCAUAAAAAGAGUUGAAACCAUGUAAAGUGUUUGCAUUUUCCCAGAAUCCUUAUCCUAACCUGAAAGAAAUGAUAGAAAUAUUUAGACUGAGAAUAGAGCUCAAAGAGAUCUCAUGGGGAAGAAAUAUAGGGUGUGUUGAGGGUGGAAGGAGAUUCAAGACCAGCCCAUAUCUCCUUAACCAUUGAGGAAUCCACACAAGGGGGAGAAACUUCAUAAUUACCAUUUAGCAAGACCUUGAGGCAGAAAUCCAACCUUCCUAUUUCUCAGGUAAUCCACAAAAGUCUCUUCAAAUGCCUGGGUGAGUGGAGGCUCAGAUAUGCUUCAAAGUAACUAUGCAAAGAAGGGCCUUUUUAGUGGUUGCCCUCCUUCAAUCUGCCUGCCAAGCUAACUCCUUCUGACAACUGCGAAAUUAGCAACAACAUAUCUUGCCCAACUCCUGUGAUUAAAUAGGCAAGUCAAGCAUAGCAGAUAUCUGUGGAUAGAUUUCAGGGGGGCCAUGACCUUGAAUGGGGGAGAAUUACAUAAUUAUUUCCACUAACUUCCAACUAAAAUUCAGGAUUUCCUUCAGGAUUAUGAAUCUAGGCAACAAAUCACAGUAGUAUUAGCAAUACCUGUGAUUUUUUCACCACAGAUUUUUCUUAUCACAUUACAGUUGUUGCAGGUAUUUUUGAACAUCAUUUAUACUCAUCUUCUAUAGGUGGCCAGCUAUUCGGCAAUUCUGCACCUAGUUGUUCAUCCCCGAAUGUGGAUGAGGGCGGAAGAGGAGCCUGCGCAGAAGGUUCAAAGCCCUGCUUUUUCAAUCAGGCCAAUCAGAAUGGAGCUUGGUAGUGACGUUGGGUGUUUUGCAUUGGUGAGCCAGAUGUCUGAUUUCCACCAAUCCCUAUCUCCAAUUUUGGUUGAUCAGUACAGAGAAGGAAGUGAGUUGCUUUCAUUCGUUGUUAAAAGUUCUGCACAACUGGACAGUUCAUAUGAGAAUUCUCAACUCUUGUUAAGGCUGUGCAGCCUUUUGUAACACAAGCGCAGGGGCUACGAGGGGACACCAAGGAACUUCACUCAAGUUCAAAUUGUUAUUUAAUGCGCUAAUAAAAAAAGCACAUGCAUUACUAUAUCAUAGAUUUGUUUUUUUAAAAAAAUAUAUAUUGAUAAUUGUAUUUCAGUA